AUGUCCUUUAAUUUCACCAACUUCACCAAGGACCUCAAGAACCUCAGUGAUAAGGUCACCAGUGAAUUUAACAAUGAGGUGGUUCCUUUUGCUCAGAGAACUUCUCGGUUAGUACAAGAAAGAAUUGGACGAGUAAAUGUCGAUGAAAUCAGUCAAUUGCCAUCUGAAUACACUGACUUGGCAAACAAGUGUAACAACGUCGAGAAGUUGUACAAGAAUGUGCUUAAGAUCACCGCUACCUACGAGAGUGAAAGUUACGAUUAUCCAUCCAAUGUUCAGGAAUCGUUUCAAGAGUUUAGCAAGAACAUCACCACACGUGUCCAAAACUUGUCCAAGGCUACCACCCCAGCCGAAGCACAGGCGGCGCUUAUCAGUGAUGAUAGAGGCGAGUUCAAGACCCCCAAAACUUUGUACCAUGCGUUGGCACGUGCCACCGAUGCUUCGGUAUUGACCUCUUCCGAUAGUCAGAACGAUCCAUUGGUUAAAGGAUUGGACUUGUACUCAUCCAACUUGGCUAAGAUUGGGAAUGCCAGAUUGGGGCAAGAUCAAUUGAUUCAAGCCAAAUUCAACAACCCUUUGACUACCACUUUGAGACUGUUGAUUUCUCAAAGCAACAGCAUUCAGAAGAAAGUUGAGCAAAAACGACUUAGCUACGACUUGGCUCGAAUCAGCUUAACCAAUUGUACCAAUCCCAGCAAGGAGCCACAGUUAAGGGUGGUGAUGGAGAAUGCAGAAGAUGAUUUCGCCAACACCGUUGAAGAUGCCAUAAGUAUAAUGCAGAAUGUGUUGGAAAACGCCCGGCCAUUGGAAGAGUUUUUGGAAUUGAUCAGAGCCCAGUUGGCCUACCACAAGUUGGCCACCGAGUUAUUAGGAGGAAUCGUUGGCGACUUUGAGUCGUUGAUAGAUGAUAACUCCAAGGCUUCGGGCUCCGGUAGCAGAGAAUCAGGAGAUUUUGAUAUCUAG